UCAUUGAGCAGGCAAGACGUCGCUGCAGAGAGUCGCGACUGGGAAAGGAUAGAAAUUUGUACUUGUUCGUGAAGUGAUUUGAGUUUUUCGCUUGUGUCGUGUAGAGUGUAAUGCUUUUCUCUACCUUUUCAUCAUUUUAAAAGUGAAGUGUUGAUGCUACGAUAUCAGACAACAGUAGCCAAUGAUUAAGGAGUGCCUUUAGUGCAAAGACUGAAACUACCUGGAAGCGCUUAAGGAGCACCUCCCCGAAAAAUCCUUCCGGUCAAAAUCACACGCCUAACCUCUCCCUUAUCCUCCUUAUCCUCCUCCGAAUCCUCACCUCCCACAGAAUCCACGAAAUUCUCAUCAUCCCACUGUGAACGUGUCCGCGACCUCGACAUAAAAGCAAUCAUGGACGGCAUGGAUAACAACAAGCCGGUGUUGAACGAUGACCCAUCGGUCACGUUAACCAUUCGCCUGAUUAUGCAGGGCAAGGAAGUCGGAAGUAUCAUUGGUAAAAAGGGAGAAAUUGUCAAGAGGUUCCGCGAAGAGUCUGGUGCAAAGAUUCUGAUCUCGGAUGGUACGUGUCCCGAGCGAAUAGUGACGGUAACGGGGCCCACAAACUCAAUUUUCAAGGCGUUCACAUUGAUAUGCAAGAAGUUUGAGGAAUGGUGCUCGCAAUUUCACGAUAUGCAAGGCGGAGGAGCCGGUGGCGGUGGCGGUGUACCGAGACCACCGAUCACCCUGAGACUUAUCGUGCCCGCUUCACAAUGCGGCUCGCUCAUUGGAAAGGGCGGUUCAAAAAUAAAGGAAAUCCGGGAAGUGACCGGUGCGUCAAUUCAAGUUGCAUCGGAGAUGCUGCCCAAUUCGACGGAACGCGCUGUCACCAUAUCUGGCACCAGCGAGGCGAUCACGCAGUGCAUAUAUCACAUAUGCUGCGUCAUGCUAGAGUCCCCUCCCAAAGGUGCCACGAUCCCUUAUCGCCCUAAACCCCAAGUUGGUGGGCCAGUGAUCCUGGCUGGUGGGCAAGCAUUCACCAUCCAGGGUAAUUACGCGGUGCCCGCCCACUCGGACAUGGGCAAACUUGGAAGUAGUCCUUUAGCCGGAUUAGCAGCCUUGGGUCUUGGAGGUUUAGCAACACCCGCUAACACUGGUGGACUUAAUCCAGCUGCGCUGGCGGCUUUGGCCGGAAGUCAGUUGCGGACCAGUAAUACAAACAGACAGCAGCCGGCAGCCAACAACCAAACGCACGAGAUGACUGUGCCUAAUGAAUUGAUUGGCUGUAUCAUUGGAAAAGCUGGAACCAAGAUCGCUGAAAUUCGUCAAAUCUCCGGAGCAAUGAUCAGAAUCAGCAAUUGUGAGGAGAGAGAGGGUGGUGCUACAGAUCGUACGAUCACAAUAACUGGAAAUCCAGAUUCUGUAGCGCUGGCACAAUAUCUCAUCAAUAUGAGGAUAUCAUUAGAGACUGGUGGCAUGGCGAUUCCAACAUUUCAGUACAUCACGCCAAAUCAUAUCGUCAAGUCCCCCAUUCACUAGAGUGGAAUUAUCGAAUAUUUUUCGCGGGACACCAUCGAAGGACGCAGUGUCGCGACGAACCUGUCAAUGGCAUCUGGGACUUGGCCGCAUACUGUGUUCAACCAGCUUGCUAUAAAAUGACAUGAUGAGAAACAAAAAAAAAGUACCACAUACACAAUGACAGUCACUAGGUAACUAUAUGAACACACGAGAAAAUAUUCACAAACCAAAAGGAAAAAAAAACCACCCACACAUCAACACACAGAUAAGACCUAAAAAAAAAUACACAAACUCAAACACACACGGAGAUUGCUUUAAAGCAUCUCACGAACACUCGAGUGUACAAAAAACUGUACAAAAAAAAGCUAAAAAAAAAAAUAAUGCAACGCUGCAGUAUCACACACUGCAGCCGAUUGGUAAAGGGAACAAGCCAAAGAUACGUUAGUUUUCAUUUUUAUAUUUAAAACGAGAGGAUGAAAAUGAAACAAAAGAAUUAUUAUUAUUAAUUAACUAAUUAAUUAUUGCCUACUAUUAUUUCUAUAUAAACUAGUACGACAAAAAAUCAGAUACUUUCUUAGACCGGUUGUUAGCAUUUUUUAACAAAAAAGAAAUCCCAUUUUUACAAAACAAAAAAAAAUAUUAAUGCAUUUCACGAAUCAAAUUCGUGGAGAAAAGUGCGCGCGAGGUGUUUUCAAAAUUUUCAACGCCGGUUUCUUUUUUUAUUUCGCACCGCGUAACGUUUUGUAGAGUUCCUUUUUUUUAAAAACAAAGAAAAGUAAAAAGAGAAAAAAAAAUGAAUGAAAGAAAAGAUUUAAAGAAAAAAAAAAAUUUCCAACGCGUUAGCGGCACACGAGAAAUCAUUUUGUGAUACUCAUCGGAGCUUAUAAUUGAAUAUAUUUAUUUUCUAUUCUAUUUUAUACUUUUUAGCGAGUAGAGGAACGAACAAAAGAAAAAAUUUAUUAUGAAAACGUUGGGGGGGGGGAAUGGGGUUAUAGGACAAAUUUCCCAAAUAAUGUGUAAAAGGGGACAUUCUUUCUCGUGAGCUCAACGCACAAAGAGCGCUUAUAAAAAAAAAUGGGAGAAGAAAUAAAAGAAGAGGGUGUGUAUUGAUAAUACAAUUUAUUAAGCGAGUCGAUCGCUUUUAAUUAUUGCGCAGCUUCUAUAUGCGAGAACGCGAUUCAAAAGAUCAUUUCGGGUUUAACGAUCGUCUAACUAUUAUUAUAAACAUAAUUGUUUUGAGAUCGCCGUGUUUUUUGAAUGAAAAUUUUUUUUAUGUCCGGAUCAAGGUAAAUAGAAAUUUUCUUUUCGUGAAUUUUUAAAAUUAUAUCGAUGGAAAUUUUGAAUUGAUCAUUCCGUUGAAGUUGAUGAAUUUUAAUGAAUUCGGACGCGCGAUAAAAAGUGGCUUCUGUUGAGAGAGAAAAAAAAACAAAGAAAAAAAGAAAAUUAUUAAGUGAAUUAUAAAUAAAUAACGAUAUAUAGUAUAUAUACAAUAUAUAUUUAUUAUACGAUUAAAAUAAAUUAAUUAGAGGAGAUAGAGCAAUGAAGGUGCGAGAUCAAAGCUUCUUUGCUUUGAUGAAAAUAGGAGGCGUCCUCCUUUCCUCGACCCCUUUUUUCUCCCUCCAUUAAA